CUGUGUAAGCACUAAAUGUCAUGUUUCAAACAUUGCACCUUAAAAGCCAAGUCAGAUUGUUUUUCAGAUGCACAUGACCCAAACAGUGCAGGAACACAAGAUGUAAAAACAGAUUAAGAAUGCUCAGAUGUAAACCUGAAUGAAUGAUACCAGGACUCUCGGGAUAGAAACGUGUGGUCUUUACCCAAUCAUUGAACAAUUUAAAAGGAGGAAAAUGUGGUUUCUAAAGUGCCAUGUGCACCACAGCUGGUCUUUAAAGGAUUCUCACUUUGUAGUCCAGUGAAGCAGAAAAGUUAAAGGCUUGCACUUUUGUUCUUUCUGGGUGGUUUAUAACCAUCAGCUUAGUCACAUGUAAGUAAAGAGCAAACCUAAAGUUACCCGCUACCAAGAGAGGAAACUGUCACCUUCCAUUUCCAGUCUCCGACCCAGAGCGGCGGGUAAAAUUAGCGAGCAGUUUAUCAGGUGUUUUAAGCUGCUGGAGGAGACAAAGACUUUCCGAACCCGUCUUUCCCUUCCGUCAUGUCUCAGCGUGGUUAAACUCGUUCUGCCAGCGCCGAGGAGGGCGUGGCUCGGAGACAUUACUUACAGGUAUUCCUUCCACCUCACCUGCUUUCACUCUGCAUGCACAGGAUUUCUGGUGUGUAAUCCAACGCCCGGCACAUAAUCCAGCACGUCUCUGUGUAUAAAUGGAUGCAGAUUAGCAUAAGAAGAGCGGGUCACUUCCUCUGUGCUACAACAACAGGUGAGGUGAAGAUGGUCGACCGGCUUGCCAACAGCGAGGCCAACUCCAAGCGGAUCGCGGUGGUGGAGGGUUGCUUCGGCGCGGCCGGGCAGCCGUUGGCGAUCCCGGGCCGCGUGCUGAUCGGCGAGGGCGUCCUCACCAAACUGUGCCGGAAGAAGCCCAAGGCGCGACAGUUCUUCCUCUUCAACGACAUCCUCGUGUACGGGAACAUCGUCAUCCAGAAGAAGAAGUACAACAAGCAGCACAUCAUCCCGCUGGAGAGCGUCACCAUCGACACGGUGCCCGACGAGGGCGACCUGCACAACGGCUGGCUCAUCAAGACGCCCACCAAGUCCUUCGCCGUGUACGCCGCCACCGCCACGGAGAAGUCCGAGUGGAUGAACCACAUCGGGAAGUGUGUCGGCGACCUGCUGCAGAAAAGCGGCAAGUCCCCGACGGGCGAGCACGCCGCCGUCUGGGUGCCCGACUCCGAGGCGACGGUGUGCAUGCGCUGCCAGAAGGUGAAGUUCACGCCGGUCAGCCGCCGCCAUCACUGCAGGAAGUGCGGCUACGUGGUGUGCGGGCCGUGCUCGGAUAAGAAGUACCUCCUGCCCAGCCAGUCGUCCAAACCGGUCCGAGUCUGCGAGUUCUGCUUCGUGCAGCUGACGUCGGGAGGCCUCUCCAUCCGCUCGGACUCCAUCAGCCGGCCGGGGUCAAAGUUCAACAGCAGCAACAUGUCGGACGACGACGACGAAGACGACAGCAGCGACUGAGAGACGAAAACGCUCCUCCUGACGUCAUCGUCCACACGUCCAGGAGGAACUACUUUCUCUCCUCUCAGAUGGUCGGUCGUUCUCCGCCUCUUGAGGAUUAAUUCUCUCCGGAGGUCAAACCAAAAUGUUUUAUUGUUUUUUUUUUUGUUUUUUUUCCAGCUGGGAUUAACCUCUUCCUGAUUAAACAAUCACAUGUGGAAUAUACUGGAUGACCUGCAGGACUCCAGGAAAUAGUCCGCCCCGCCCCCCGUCUCUGUUGACUGUUAAUCAGGCUGCAGCUCGUCACUACAGAACACAGCGGUGCUAACGAGAAGCAUCACGACCCCCUCCACCUUUCUCUUCCUUUUUAAUGACCUUUGACCUUUUAAUGACCGUGAACUACACGUGAUGACUGCUCGUCAUUUCUGCAGGGAGAUAGCACAUGUUUGGUGCUCUAACCUUUAUCUCCCUCUGUCCCUCAGGUUUGACACCAGAAGAGGCUUAUUUUGUAACACACGUUUUGGUAUUUUAUCGGCCUGUUUUGUAAAUCUGUCUCCAGCUUCACGUCGAGCUUAAAAACCCUUUUUUAUAAAUAACAGAAUGUAGACGUUACGCUAAACCCAGAGCUCUUCUAGCUAACCCUAAUAAUAUAGAUGCUUCUGACAAAUCAGCUGGUCUCUUUGAGUGUUUUGCACCUGAAGACUAACUCUACCUUCGGCCUGUAAUGUCACAUAGUGCCUUUUAGAAAUGCAGCGUUUGGAAAGUGGAGGUUGUUUUUUCUAAGUAACCCAGCGUGCAAAAAAAACCAGAAACUUCCUGACCGGUAGAGCCUGAAACACGUGUGUGUGCGUGCGUGCGUGCGUGCACGUGCGCGUGUGUGUGUGCUGCAAACUGAAAGGAUUAACGAGCAAGAGUUCAGUACAGACUCUCCCUGGAAAGUUUGUUAGCAAGAAGUUUGAAUCAGCCAGAUAAUGAUUUAGGAGUGAUUAAAAAGCACACGUGAAGAAAGUCAAAGGUCUUUUCUUCCACUGCGGGAACUUCACAACCUGGUUCUAGUUCCUGCUUUCAGUCAGUUUGGGACACCAGGUGAUGAACUGGUUGAAUGAGGUGAAGAAGAAACUGGAGGCUGCAGGAAGCUGAGCUGGAGAGAAGUUCAGUUUUUCCCUCCUAGAUUUUGAUUCUGACACCUAGAAUUUAGUAUUCACCAAUUCAGGGUCCACUAGAUAAACAGAUAAACAGACAAAUGAGAUACGCUGAUAUGAGCAGCUGGUGGCUUUCAUCCUGAGUCUGCAGAAAAGUAAAAAAAAAAAAAAAAACCUGAUUUAGUAACCGUGCUGCUUUACUCUGGGAGGGGGGUUCAUAGAGCUCUAGGUGUGCACAGCUGACAGAUAGAAAUUAACGAGUUGCAAAGUUGAUAUCAUCAAAGCAGGGGGCAACAUUUUCACAAUAUGACAAGCAGGGUUGUCAAGGUUACCAGUUUUUAAAACUUAUAUGAUUCUCAAAACCAUGGCAACAAUAACAAGUCUUACAGCGUGUCCUAACAGCACGCGGCGCGAGCGUCAGCGACAAAACCAGCCUGAAUCUAUUGUUUCCUGUUGGAGUGUCCGCCGGUGAAGCAGCGCCGUUUCCCCCCCCCCCCCCCCCCCCGACGCCUUGUUUCUAUUUCCCUCUCUGUCGCUCGCGUAGACAUGGACGGGGAACGAGGAAGGAGGAAGGAGGAGGCGGCGGCUCUACACUCGCUCUGAUACUCACUUUCUCACUCCACAGAGCUGGUUAGCUUGUUGUACAAGGGGGAGAUAACGGUGCAUUAAUAAUAUCCACAUCCAUGAUUUAAAUGUUGACCUUUGACUCAACCUCGACCUUUGACCUUUGAUCGUCAAUCGACGAUCCUCUGAGUGUUGUGAUUUGAGUCAACAGCUCAUCAAUACAAAAGCACCAGAUGUCAUAAUGUUUGCGAGGGGGAAACUAAAAAUUCACAGAUCAAAGUAUUUAAAUAUUUAACGGAUGCAGUGUGGACAAGCACGAGCGAUCAUUCUCGAUGCGACGACGUGUAGCGCUGGCGUGCUGUCAGGACACGGUGUGAGGAACAACACUGACUGAUGUUUUGUUUUGAAUCACUGAAACCUGCAGACAAACGCCUGCACUCUGAACCCAAACGUUACCAACAGGAACAUGUUUGUGCAGUUCGGACGGUUUCACCUCCUCGUCUGUCUCUCUGUUUGUAAAACACAAACUGCUGCUGCUCUGACUAUUAAAAUACAUUUGAUAUCACGUUGUGCCGAAAAGUUUAGAAGAUUUUUAAAAAACCUCAAAAAUGUGGCUAAACUGGUAACUUAUUCCUCAAACUGUGCACCCAGUCUGAGAGAGUUUACAAAGACGAAGUCAAAGGAGGAAGUAAAACACAAACUGUGGAUCCCCUGCAGAAAAGAUGGCGGCUGCAGGCUCGGUUUAGUGGGAAAAGGUCUGAAGACGCAGAUUUAUUUUAGAUAUUUAAAAAAGGUGUAGAUUAUUUUAAAAGAAAGAUGCUCAAAAUAUGAUUUUUAAUUUAUGAUUUACUUUUGAUCAGAAACUGGAUGUAAAAAUAGAGAGUCUGUGUCAGGUCUUGCAUCAGUCUGUGAUCUCUCUCCUCGCUCAGUCACAGAGGACGAUUCUGAUUCCUGGAAGAGAAAGUCAGGAAGUUAGUGCGUCGUCUUCCUGUCAGCGACUCUGAGGGUAACAGAACAAACGUCCCCCUCUGACUUCACCCCCCUUGGUGGGACUUUCUCUGCCAUCACAAGCUCUCAAGCCGUCCCCUCACUCUCUCUCUCUCUCUCUCUCUCCCUUCCUGUUUGUUUCUCUCUCGUGUUUCCACCUCUCCUCUCACUGCUCAGAUCUCGUGACAGGUGUGUGACUCAGAUCAUGUGAUCAGUUUCCGUAUCAGGAAGUGAAAAGGCCGCUCUGGAUUAUGGUGAACUACCUGCUGCUGAGCACAAAGGUCACGGUCACAAAUGUUGCUGUGGUCAGUUUCUCUUCCCCGCUGACUCCUCUGAAGAGUUUCAUUCCUGUUGUAGACGCCUCACAUACUUUAUAUUCCUGAUGUUAAAAUCAGUCCUCCCUUACUUCCUUAAAUCAGAGACGAUUCUUCUCCCAUACUGCUUAGAAACUGAGUCCUGGUCUUCAUCAUGUUCUGCCUGAUGGGGUCCAGCUUCGUCUCAACAAAGGGCUUUAAACACAAGCAGUUUCUUUGCACACCAUGUUGUGUGUUCAAAGGACUCAAACUGUCAUAAAUACAUGUUCAAUCUCAAACCUCUUUGUGUUGAAUCACAGCCGUAAACGACCCCCCCGCCCGUUCUGCUUCAGAGUGCGUCAGGGCUGCAGAAUCAAUUUAAGUAUUGUUUAUGUUGCAACACAGAGUGCAAUAUGCAAAUAUCAGAAGCUGCGAUCUUUAUGAUGGAGGUCAAACGUAGUGAGCGGCAGACACUGACUAAUUCAGAACUUUUCAGGGUUAAAUUCUCUCAUUUUUGACGUUUAAAAUGCUCCUGAACGCCACCGAUGACUUCUCUCUCUCUCUCUCUCUCUCUGCUUGAAGCAUCGCACCGUUUGUGUUUGUUAUCAUCAUAUCAGACUGCAGCAAAAAUUCAUCUUUUUUUCUGUGGGCGGGGGCCGCUGUUUAGAAGAAGACAUAAUUUAGUUAAGGGGGUAAUAAUUAUGGUAUCAGAUCAGAGCGUUGAACGUAGAGAUGGAGGACAGAUCUGCCUCCCUCAUCACAUGUUUUUAUGACUGAUGAGUUCAGAAUGUUUGCUGCUCGUCCUGUCACACACACACACACACACACACACACACACACACACACACACACACACACACUUCUUCUACUCGAUAUAUAAACACUGCUACCAGCCGAGCUCCCUCGAGAUGUUGGCAUGAAUGUGUGGAGAGGAAACUGGGGGCCCGAAAACCUGAAUUCUGAUAUGUUAUCAAACUCGCUGGAUAAAUCCUUUUUGACUCUUACUUUACCUUUUAUUUUUUAAUCUUUGUCUCCAGUUUUCCUCUGGCCACAACGUAGGGUUUCAAUAGUUUCAGGUGCAGGAGCGUGAUGUGUGUAUGAAACUCUUCAGAGGUGCACAUUGAUAUGAAAGUGAUGGUUAAUAAACGUCUUCACACCUGAAACACCUGAAGUCGACUCUACCUGAGAUCAAACCGUCGCAGCUGCAUCCAAAAGCCCCACCAGAUGUGUAUCUACAUUUUAACUUUCAGAACUCUAAGCAUUACUUUUAGUUCUCAGUUUGUUUUUUUUGGUGUGUUUUAAGACGAGGUCACUGCGGUCACUGCGGUUACCGUGGUUACGUACACUCAGCAGCAGAGCCGGGAGCAGAAAAGGGAUUCUCUUCUUUUUUAUUUCUUUUACGUUUUACAGAUUUAAUUUGCUGUUAGUGUGUUUCGUUGCUACGGUUACAGCAACUGAAGUGAUUGGAGAAUUGAACAUGAUGAUCACUAACCAACUGUCCUUUAUACUCGCCGAGGCCGCCCCCCCCGACCUGCCGAUGAUGGAGGAGGCGGACACAGAAGCACACGGCGUCGGGGGGGCCUCAGGUGUGCUGUGGAUUGCACUUAAAGCUGGCACGUUGACUCUGAUGCAGGUCUGAGUUCUGACGUCAUCCUGUCAGAUCCACGGUGACCACGUCGGACGAUUUAAAAAAUGAUGAUUCAGCGUGUUUUAAUCCUGUUGAUUUUUGUACAUUUGUACAGAUGCGUGUUUGGGUUUUUUGUUUUUGUUGUACAGUUCUGAAAUGACGAUGUUUUCCCUGUGCUCGGCCGUCCUCCUCUUCCUCCUCCUUCUCUUCCUCCUCCUCCUCCUCUUCCUCUUCCUCCUCCUCCUCCUCUUCCUCUUCCUCCUCCUCUUCCUCCUCCUCUUCCUCCCCUUCCUCCUCCUCGUCCUCUUCCUCCUCUUCCUCCUCCUCCUCGUCCUCCCCUUCCUCUCCUCCUCCUCUUCCUCCUCGUCCUCUUCCUCCCUUUCCUCUCCUCCACCUCCUCCUCUUCCUCCCCUUCCUCUCCUCCUCCUCUUCCUCCUCCUCCUCUUCCUCCUCCUCGUCCUCUUCCUCCUCUCCCUCCCCUUCCUCUUCCUUCAUUAGCUUUACCGGCCGCCAUGAUGGUUUGAACUUUCUUGUUAGUCUCUGUCUGGGUUAAUCGAUCAAUCAAAUGUGUAUUUGUGUAGCGCAACAUUCAUAACAAGUUGUUAUCUCGAGAGCCUUUACAAAAAGAGCAGAUAAAAGACGUUACUCAUUGCUAUAUUACAGAGACCCAGUGUUAAUCCAUCAUGUGCACUUUAGCAAAAGUUACAGUGGUGAGAAAAAACGUCCUUUUAGCGAUCUUCUGAAACUGCGCCGGGUUUGAAAAAUGGGAUACGGGGAGAUGGGAUAAGAUGCAGGAAGAGGCAUAGGGAACAAGGGGGCGUAUCAGCUGUCCUCUCCAAUAAAGAAAAACUUAAAGAAGCUGCAGAUCCUGAGAUCUGAGGAGAGGAGACGUCCUGAGCGACUGAAAAUAUGAUCGAGUGGUUUUUUUUGUUUCAUGCAGGUUUAAUUUCCUCUCUGUUGCUUCAUGGUGUCGUUUUCUUUUCUUAGUUCUUUUAUUUUUGUUGUUUUAAUUCUUUCUAAAAGCUUCUAAAAAAAAAAAAAAAAGAAGGGCUAAAUCAAUCAGAAUGUAACCCAGCAUAUCCUGUGUUCAUUACUAAACCUCAGAAACCUUUACGUGUACGUUGUCUAUAAAUAACUUAAAGAUG